AUGGCCACUAACAAUAGGAAGGCCGAUCGCCUUGUAGGUCUCAGCAUGCUCGUCGCAGCGACUGCCAUCUUCGUCUACUACACCGUGUGGACUCUGUUCAUGCCCUUCGUGGAUGACGACCACAUCCUUCACUCCCUCUUCCUGCCACGCGUCUGGGCCAUCCGCAUCCCCGUCAUCCUCAUCAUCCUUGGUACCACCGUCGUCGGUAGCUUCCUCUCGGUAGUCAUGAUAAGGAGCAACCGAAAGAAGGCGCUCAAGGCCAAGCAGAAGAAGGCCUCAUAGAAGGGGGACACAGACGCUUGCAUCGCGGAUGCCGAGCUUAGUCUUCCAAGAUAGGAGUAAAAGUUUAGGAGGGCGCAACAACAUUAGAUUGCGCCUGUGUAAUUGGCUUGGUGGCUGUGAAAUGAAUAUGGAAUCGUCGUUCAGAAUUUGAUUCUUGCCCAUAUGACGUUGCAGUUCUUUUCGAUGUUGGCCCUAGGAGGUGAAGCGGCUCUGGCAUGCGACAGAUGACCUUUAUGAAUAGGAGUAAAGCUUGGAGCGGACACAUGAAUGUUCAUUGCGCGCCAACAAACUUCUUCUGAUGGCUAGACAGACAAAGGCAUAAUAACUUCGUCAGAUGUUAUUCCCAACUAUACACUACAUGAUGUUACAAUUCUCCUCAGUAAUGAUAACCGGUCCACCUUCU